GAGAAACCAUAUCAGUGCUCACAGUGUGGAAAGAGUUUUAAUGGACAGAGUUAUCUUAAAAUACACCAGCGCAUUCACACUGGAGAGAAACCGUAUCAGUGCUUACAGUGUGGAAAGAGUUUUACUACAACAGGUAAUCUAAAAAUACACCAGCGCAUUCACACUGGAGAGAAACCAUAUCAGUGCUCACAGUGUGAGAAGAGUUUUAAUAAUAAGAGUCAUCUCAAAAAACACCAGCGCAUUCACACUGGAGAGAAACCGUAUCCGUGCUCACAGUGUGAGAACAGUUUUAAUCAACAAGGUCAUCUCAAAAUACACCAGUGCAUUCACACUGGAGAGAAACCAUAUCGGUGCUUACAGUGUGGAAAGAGUUUCAAAAGACAGAGUGAUCUGAAAAUACACCAGCGCAUUCACACUGGAGAGAAACCGUAUCAGUGCUCACAGUGUGGAAAGAGUUUUAAUGGACAGAGUGAUCUGAAAUUACACCAGCGCAUUCACACUGGAGAGAAACCAUAUCAGUGCUCACAGUGUGGAAAGAGUUUUAAUAGAAAGAGUAAUCUCAAAAAACACCAGCGCAUUCACACAGGAGAGAAACCAUAUUACUGCUCAGAGUGUGGAAAGAGUUUUGCUGAACAUGGUACCCUUCAAAAACACCAGCGUAUUCACACAGGAGAGAAACCGUAUAACUGCACUGAGUGUGAAAAGAGUUUUGCUCAACCGGGUAACCUUUAAAAACACCAGCGUGUUCACACAGGAGAGAAACCGUUUAACUGCUCUAAAUACCAAAUUAAUGGAAGCUAA